AGUUCAAGUUGGUAACAGUGAAGGUGAAGGUCUAAUACAAUGGGAUCAUUUCCUGCCAAUUGAUGAACUUCGAACUACAGGCUAUUUCAGUUCUUGGUGAUCCAUUAAUUGACCUCGCGUGUCUGAUAAAUUUACUGGUGACAUCAUCGUUCUCAAAACUACCUAUUAUUUUAUAUAAUCCUUCAUAUCUGUGACAAAAUUAUGAGAUUUUUAUGAGCGAUAAUUCAAUAAUUUUAUAGAAUGGCCGAUAAGUUAGUAGUUGAUGAAAAACAAAGCAACCUUCGGGACCAUUUGGUUCAAAAUGCUGUUAAAUUUCUUCAAAACCCUCAAGUGACAGGCAGUCCAAUGGAACACAAGAAGGCUUUCCUUCUGAAGAAGGGUCUUACUAAUGAAGAAAUAGACGAAGCCGUUUCUCGAGCAAAUGUACCACAACAGGCUGUAGCUCCAGUAUAUAUCCAACCACCGCCUCAAUCUUUUUGGCAAAAAGGUAAAGACUCACUUGCUGGAUUCGUUAUUUUUGGGGGAGUUGCUUUUGCUAUCUAUCAAUUUUAUAAGGCUUUUCUAAAGAGAAAACUCUUUGGAAAAGACGAGCAUGAAGUACGUUUAGAGCUUGUAGAAGCAAGUGUCAGUGAAUUAAAGCGAUCGAUGGAGGAGACACUUAGAGAGAUGUCGUCAGAUAACCUUGAGUUGAUGAAAUCGGAUAUAACAUCAAUUAAGGGUAUUCUUUUAAGCAAGGACAAGUUUGCAGCCGUGCCCAAAACAACACCCAUUCUUCCUCAAUGGCAAUUGGCGGCUGAUGAAAAAUCUGAAAAACAGAGAGAAGAAGCUAAAGGCGAAGAUGUACCAGAUAUAGAAUCAAACGAAGAAACGCCUAAAGAUCAAGAGGACUAA